AACACGCCUCUUCUCCACCCACUGAAAUACAGAGAUAUAUGUUCCUCCAGAAAAAGCCUUGCCUCUGGUCUGUAGGAUCCUCUUCGUUGGUCAGAAUUCUUUGGAGGGAAGAGAUCAGGAAUAAUCCAAGUCCACCACCAUGGCAAAAUGCGGAGAGUGCGGGCCGGGAUACAAAACCCCGCUGGAUGCAAUGAAAGGGCCACGGGAAGAGAUCGUCUAUCUGCCUUGCAUCUACCGAAACACCGGAACAGAAAAACCGGAUUAUUUGGCCACUGUGGAUGUGGACCCCAAAUCCCAUACUUACUGCCAAGUCAUCCACCGCCUGCAGAUGCCCAACGUCAAUGACGAGCUGCACCAUUCCGGCUGGAACGCCUGUAGCAGCUGCUUCGGAGACACCACCAAGAAGCGCAACCGUCUCAUUCUUCCCAGCCUGAUCUCGUCCCGCAUUUACGUGAUCGACACCGGCACCAACCUGAGGGCCCCCAAGAUCCACAAGGUUGUCGAGCCCAUUGAUGUCUAUUGGAAGUGCAAUUUGGCAAAUCCUCACACCUCACAUUGCCUGGGGAAUGGCGAAAUCAUGAUUAGCACCAUGGCUGACCCUUCUGGCAAUGGAAAAGGGGGUUUUGUGCUGCUGGAUGGAGAGACCUUUGAGGUGAAGGGCAACUGGGAAAAAGGCACCAAAGUCCCACCAUUUGGCUACGAUUUCUGGUACCAGCCCAGGCACAACGUCUUGAUGAGCACGGAGUGGGGAACGCCCAAGUGCUUCGCCUACGGGUUUAACCCAGCAGAUUUGGAGAAGGGCUGCUAUGGUGGAAACAUCAAUGUGUGGGAUUGGACCACUCAUGAAUUUAUCCAGACAAUCGACGUGGGCAAGAACUCCAUUCCGCUAGAGAUCCGAUUUCUCCACGACCCGGAUGCAGCCGAGGGGUACAUCGGCUGUGCCCUCAGCAGCGCUGUCCACCGUUUCUACAAGACCCCGGAGGGAACUUGGGCAGCAGAGAAGGUGAUUCAAAUUCCCAACAAGAAGGUCGAAGGAUGGCUUCUCCCAGAAAUGCCAGGCCUGAUCACCGAUAUCCUGAUCUCCCUGGAUGACCGCUUCCUGUACUUCAGCAACUGGCUUCAUGGAGAUAUCCGUCAAUACGACAUUUCCAACCGUCGGAAGCCCAAGUUGGUGGGACAGGUGUUUCUGGGAGGCAGCAUUGUCAAAGGAGGUCCCGUCAAAGUGAUUGAUGACCCAGAACUGGACUGCCAGCCAGAUCCAUUCAUCAUCAAGGGCAAGAGAGUUCAAGGUGCCCCCCAGAUGAUCCAGCUGAGCCUGGAUGGAAAACGGCUGUAUGUCAGCACCUCUCUCUACAGCGGAUGGGAUAAGCAGUUCUACCCAGACAUGGUCAAGGAAGGCUCUGUCAUGUUGCAAAUCGAUGUGGACAGCAAGAAAGGAGGCUUGAAAGUGAACGAAAAGUUCUUAGUGGAUUUCGGGAAAGAGCCACAUGGGCCAGCGCUGGCCCACGAGAUCCGCUAUCCGGGCGGCGACACCACCUCUGAUAUCUGGAUCUAACUAUCUCCCCGGCUUCAAGCUGUCUGUUGUGCUAGCAAAAGUUUUUUUCCUUGAGAUGCUACUUCUUCCUCACCUGCUUGUGUGUGCGGUUCCCUCUGGAUGGGAUAUUCCUUGUUCUGCCACAAGAGGUCGCUCACACCCACUGCAUCCUCUUUGCUGUGACCAGGUCUCAACCCCAGGAUUUUUGAUACAAGAUUUUAAACAUCUCCAUGUUUCCAGUUUCGCCCCGCUUUCGCAAUUGCGUAACCAGGGAAAUGCACGUUUUUACCCAGAAGGAAAUAUUUUAGGCAAUAAUUGUCCCCACAAUUUUCUCAGGGAAGGCAGGCACGGGAGCAGAAAACCCAGGUUUUUCUAUUUUGAGACUCCUGUAGCUGAGGCGUCCCUCAAGAACAAAGCAAAUGAUCUUGGCCGAAGAGGUGGUAAAAAAAAUGCUUUGAAAAGUCUCUGACGAUCCCAGCUGAGUUGCCUGAUCGGCAGAGGCUUUUCAAAGCAUUAGAAAAAAUGCUUUGAAAAGUUUUUUUUAAAAAAAAGUUGGCCACGCCCACCCAGUCACAUUACCCCACCACCACCAAGCCACACCACAGAACCGGUAGUAACAAAUUUUACAUUUCACCCCUGCCCAGGAGGCUGCGACCGUCGUAAUUUCAUGCUGGUUGCCCAGUGCCCAAAUUUUGAUCAUGUGACUGUGGGUCUACUACAACGGUCAUAAGUGCGAGGAUCAGUCAUAAGUCUCUUUUCAGCGCUGUUGUAAUUUUGAACGAUCAUUUAACAAAUGGUUGUAAGUCAAGGAUUAGCUGUAUUUGGAAUAAUACAAACUCAUCCGGUGUUUUUUUUGGCAAAUAUCAAAUCUUGAUUCAGAAAUCAUGGAAUACAGGGUUGUUUGUGAUUUAAUAAGCAACAGAGCCAUUCUUGGAACGUCUUAGCAUUACCUCUAGCAUGAUAAAAAAAAAAUUAUAUGUAUAUGAAAUCUUAUUCUGUUCACCGCCCUGAGUCCUUCGGGAGAAGGGCGGUAUAGAAAUUCAAUAAAUAAUAAUAAUAAUGAUGAUGAUGAUGCUUCAGAAAUAGACUAAUAUAUUUCUUUAUCUUUGCUACUCACUGUUCUUUUAAAAAAAAUAAAUAAUUUUUCAAGACUAAAA